AUGGAAGUUCAUAUGAUUUGUGGGGAGAAUGGAACGCCCACAUCAAACAGGGCUAAGAAACAAGUGGUCAGAGCAGUGAAGUCAGGAUACUACCAUAAGCAGGUUAUGGAGAUUACAAGCGCGGCAGAAGAGCCGACGAUCACCUUUGGGGCAGAGGAUCUACGUACACUAAUGUACCCGCACGAUGAUGCGCUGGUUAUUAUGGCGGAUAUUGCCGGCUGUAUCGUUCACCGUGUUUUCGUAGACUCGGGCAGCGCGGUGAAUAUCUUAUAUUGGGAGUGCCUUCAAAACAUGGGAAUAGACGUUCAUAUUGAGCCUUUGUUUGGGUUUGGAGGAGAAAUGGUCAUGCCUCUGGGUUAUGUGGAGUUACCGUUAAAUCUCGGCACUACAGCUGCUAAUAGCAAAACUAGGAUGGUGCGUUUCUUGGUGGUUGACAUGCCAAAGCCCUCCUACAAUGUAAUACUUGGCCGGCCUGCAUUGAUGGCGUUUAGGGCGGUGAUCUCUAUGUUUCACUUGAAAAUGAAAUUCCCCAUCGAGGGAGGGAGAGUGGGAGAAGUCUGUGGUGAUCAAACAGCAUCGAAAGCUUGCCAUGUACAAAUGCUUACACAUUCAGCGGGACAGAAAAGGGAAAGAGUGACAGAGGGAUUGGAUACACGGAAGAAGGGGAAGGUGGGCGAAGUGAAUGCUUCGAUAGAAGAGCGCCAGGAAUUGGCAGACAUAUUGAAAGACAGGGACAAUACAGAAAAAACCGCGCUGGUGUCUACUAGUGAUUUUUGCAACAUGAUCGAAUUGUUCCCAGGGAAAGAGGGUUUUCAAACCAAAAUUGGGUCUUCCAUGAGUGAUCAAGUCAGAGACGAGCUCAUUACUUGCUUGCGCAAAAAUGCAGAUGUGUUCGUAUUCAGCACCGCCGAUUUAAAGGGCAUUGACAGAGGGUUGGCAGAACACUGCCUUAAUGUGGAUCCUAAAGUUAAGCCAGUAAAGCAACGAACAAGGAAUUUUAGAGCCGAGAAUGACGCUGCAAUAAGGGAGCAGGUUUAUGGGUUGUUGGAAGCAGGGCACAUUGUGGAAGUGCAAUACCCAGAGUGGAUUUCAAACGCGGUAAUGGUACCAAAGAAAACAAAUACUUGGAGGAUGUGCGUAGAUUUCAGAGAUCUGAACGCCGCUUGCCCAAAAGACCACUAUCCUCUGCCGAGGAUUGACCAGCUGGUGGAUGCCACUUCGGGAUGCGCUUUACUAUCUAUGAUGGACGCGUAUCAGGGAUACCAUCAGGUUAAAAUGAACAGAGGAGACAUUGCCAAAACGGCAUUUGCCGUCUGUUGCGGGGUUUACGGCUGGAGGAGUAUGUCGUUUGGCUUGAAAAAUGCGGGAGCCACGUAUCAGCGGAUGAUGGAAAAAGUCUUCAAGGAACAACCCUCCAAGAAUAUCUCGGUGUAUGUGGAUGACAUGCUUGUGCGGAGUAUAAGGGCAGAGGAUGUCUCUGAUCUCGAUGAGAUCUUCACUGUGGUUAGAAAGCAUCGGCUCAUGUUGAAUCCAGCAAAAUGUACUUUUGGGGUCACAAUAGGCAAAUUCUUGGGCUACAAGGUUACCCCUGCAGGGAUUGAGGUUAACGCAGAGAAGGAAUGCCGAGUGGCAUUUGAGGAUCUCAAGGUAUAUCUAGCAAAACUCCCGACUCUGACCAAGCCGGUCCCGGGAGAAACGUUAUAUCUGUACAUAGCAGUGGGGGAAGAUGCAAUCAGCUCUGUGCUUAUCAGAGAGGAGGGAAGUCAACAGAAGCCCAUCUACUUCAUCAGCCGAAUCAUCCAGGGUCCCGAAUUGAAUUACACAGAGAUAGAGAAGGCUGCUCUGGCGGUCAUGGUCACGGCGAGAAAGUUGAGGCCGUAUUUUUUGUCACAUCGGGUAGUGGUGUGCACUGCCCUGCCUUUUAAACAAGUGCUGGGGCGCCCAGAUUUGUCGGGAAGAAUGGUGAAGUGGGCUGUGGAGUUGGGGGAAUAUGAUGUGGAAUAUGAGCCAAGAACAUCGAUCAAAGCACAAGAGUUGGCAGAUUUCAUCCAAGAAACAACUCGCCGUCCAGUACCGGAGUUUUGGGUUGCCUUUGUGGACGGAUCAGUGACAAAAGAGGGAUGCGGAAUUGGGGUAUACAUCACAUCACCAGGGUAUGGUACAUAUCAGUUUGCAAUCAAAUUCACUUGCCGAUUGUCCAACAAUGAGGCAGAGUAUGAAGCCGUGGUCAGAGGGGCGCAUAUUUUGUCACAACUCAAGGCCGAAUGUGUCAUCAUCAAGACAGACUCCCAGUUAGUGGCCCAACAAUAUUCAGGGGGCUAUAGUGUCAAAGAAGAACGCAUGAAGGCGUACCACCGCAAGAUCAGCGAGAUGAAGGACAAGUUUAUGGAAUUCAAAAUCGAGCAAAUCUGCCGGGAAGAUAAUACGAAAGCGGACCUACUGGCGCGGAUGGCUAGUGCAGUGGAACAAACCUGGAGUGAUGAAAUUAUUUUACUCUGUGAUACCAGAGAGAUGGGGACUUCACAGGUCUUCUCCGUAGAGAUCAGAGAUGACUGGCGGGCUCCUAUUACACAUUUUCUCAAGACAGGGGAGCGGUUGAACAAGGAAUCUAAUCAGAGGGCCCGAUACGAAAAUUAUUGCUUGCUUAAUGACCAACUCUACAAACGAUCCUUUACUCAGCCUUUACUAAAGUGCUUAUCUCCAGAAGAAGCUAACUUUGCUUUAAAUGAGGUUCAUGCAGGUUGCUGUGGUGGUCACACGGGAUUCCGGGACCUAGUACGCAAAAUCAUUCGGGCAGGGUUCUACUGGCCUAACAUCAACAAAGACGCCAGAGAAUUCGUCCGCAAGUGUGAGGCUUGCCAGAGACACGCUUGGCGAAUCAACAUUCCAGGGGAACCUAUGGGCGUUAUGUACGCUGCAUGUCCAUUCGACAAGUGGGGUAUCGACAUAGUCGGGAAGCUGCCCACGGCACCAGGGGGCAAAUGCUUUUUGCUGGUAGCGGUGGACUACUUCUCUAAGUGGGUCGAAGCUGAGGCUGUGGGGAAAAUCGAUGAGGUGACUGUGGAGCGCUUCAUCUGGCGGAAUAUAUGCUGCAGAUUUGGUGUGCCCAGGAUCAUCGUUUCUGACAACGGAACCCAGUUCACUGGGCAGAGGAUCGCGGAUUUCUGUGAUCGGAUGGAUAUCACUCAACGAUUCGUCUCGGUAGCUCACCCGCAAGCAAAUGGCCAAGUGGAGUUGGCCAACAGGACAAUAUGUGUAGGGAUCAAGAAGAGGCUGACUCAGAGCAGAGGCAAAUGGGUUGAGGAGCUGGAUACUGUACUUUGGGCCUACCGCACUAGCCCAAAGACAGCCACGGGUGAAGCACCAUUUACUCUGGUGUAUGGAUCUAAUGCGGUAAUACCAGCGGAGGUAAGAUUGGAAUCAUAUCGGAUAACAACCUACAACACUGAACACAAUGCUGAACUUCGCCGAGUAGAGCUAGAUUUGGUGGAAGCACAGAGGGAUGAAGCCCGGGUCAGAACAGCAAAAUACAAAAGCAUUAUCAAGGCAGGGUAUGACAAGCGGGUCAGAGCACGGAAAUUGUCAAAGGGAGAUCUGGUUCUCAAGCGGGCUGAUGCAUUGAAGGCAGUGGGUAAGUUCGAAGCUAAUUGGAAAGGCCCGUGUAUCAUCACAGAGGUCCUAGGUGGUGGAGCUUACACAUUGUCGGAUCCAGACGGCAGAGCUCUUCCUAGACCAUGGAAUAUUAACAAUCUCAAAAAGUUCUAUCUGUUGGAUAACCGCGAGAAGAAGAAACAAGCGAUGGCUGAGAAUAUUGAUAUUGAAGCUGCGUGGCGUAUGAUUGCAGAACUGCAGAGGCAGCUGGAUGAGCAAAGACAAAUUAGAGAGGCCAACAGACGUGCACAGCCUCCUCCACCACCUUCACUACUCGAUUACAUGUACCAAUCUCAAGUUGGGCAAUUUGAUGGAGGUGGACGGGGGUCAGCUAUGCAGGCAAACACUUUUGAAUUGGAGGAGAUGGCCUCCAAUAGCUACCAAUUGCCACAUGAUCGGAGCUCCACAAGGAUGAUUGUCAAUGAGCCUAAGAAGGUGUCACUUGAAGAGAUGAUGCAACAACUGUUGGUGCAGAUGACUAGUUUUGAAACUACUAUUGACAACAAGAUGGCCAGUAUAGAGACGACUGUGGGUGCUAAGAUUGCCAAUCUUGAGAAUAGUAUGGGUGCGAGGAUGGCCAGUCUAGAGAAUGGUAUGGCUAACAUGGGGAACAAUGUUUCAGCACUGUCCAAGCAGGUACAGAUUUUGGAGAUGCAAGUUAGCCAAAUGGCUAGCCAUGCAGUUGUGCAGAGCAUGCCUCGACAUACCGAAGGCAAGCAGAAUGACCAAUGCAAUGCGAUUCUCGAUGGCACUCUGACUCAGCAGCGGGAUCAUCCGGAGCAGCGGGACGGCAAGGAUGCCAAGGAAAUCAAGCUGGAGAUUCCCCAUUGCAAGAAUAAGAAAAAAGUUGCCAAUACCGAGGAGACAGAGCAUAAACGCAUAGUGGAUGAGCUAGAGAGGCUACUUGAAGAAUCAAACCAGCGUGCACAGCCUCAAGAUUUCAGAGCAGCGAAGCAAAGCUCAGUGCUCAACAGCCAGAGCAGAGAAAUCAACCAUUUCUCUGCCAAUAUCCGUUCCUCUGCCAAUGAUAAAGAAAAAAAAGCGGAUGCGCAUGGGUCUUCUACCUCUGUUCGUGUUAAGCGUUCUGUCACGCCUGCUGUGUUUGAUGUUCAUUGA